AUAUAAAAAAAAACAUUCAAUAAGCGAUGUUUUGUUGAUGAAUGGAGUUUGUGAACAUAAAAUUAUGAAUCAUUUGACGAGUUUUUUAUAGUGAUUACAAUUUUUUGCCACCUUUGAUAUCAAAUCUUACACACAGUAUGGAUCCUUCAAGAAGAAAUAAUGCGGAAGAACAACGCUGCAUUUUAGGACUGCAAGAUUUGAAAUUAUCCAACAAAGAUGAGGAUGGUACUGAGCAGGCGCGAGGGGUUGGAACGACCAAUACCAGCUCGCUCGGCAAAUCCCGGCCUGUGGGGGCGAUAGAGAGUUUCGUACUAGACAACACCCAAAACAAUCGGCAGGACUAUAGCUUUUAUGAACGGUCAAACGUCAUAGCGGCCUCCAAGUUCGCGACACCCAAGCGUGUAGAGACGAUAGCUUCGCUCAACAAGCGAGACAUCAACACUGCAGCGUUACCCUCCAGUCCGACAAGAUCUAUCGACUCUAUAUCACAACGAUCACUCAGCUAUCAAACUGAAGAUUUGUACGAAAUUCCUGCAAAUCCCACUCAGUAUCCACCACCUGUGUAUGAAAACAUUGAUUACUACGGCGAGCAGCGCUCCCCGCAACCCCCGUACUACCACCAGCUGUACCAGUCGGGACCACCUCCGCCCGCCUCCGACGGUUAUUACGACACCCGCUACAGCAAAGCUCAGCCACAGGUGCCAGUUAACAGCAAACCUAAACUAAUCCCUUCUGUUUACGAAAACAUGCUCUGUUCUGAUAAUGACAAAAAGAAUGAUUAUAAGAUCCAGCCAAAUACUGAUCAACGUUUUAUACAGCAAGGUUCAGUACCUGGACCUCAAGUACCUAAUACUAGUACCAAUAGGCAUGUUGCACAGAUGGUAAUGAGUGAAAAAGUAAAAUUAGAUAAAGCUCCACCUCCACCUCCAUACCAUGCAGGUCAGGACAACCAGAGUAGUGAUUACACAGUAAUGAAGUCUGCUCCUCCAAAAUACACAGAUGUCAGUGCACUACUAAAGAAUGACACCUCACUUGCAUUUGAUAACAAAGUAGUAACAGUGCCUUCACAAGCUAUAUAUGCAUCUAUAGCUCCAAGUGCCCAGAGACCUAAAGCAAAUAUAGCUACAGAGGUUCAAGCAGCAACUUCCAGUCCAAAAUUUUUCCAUCCUAAACCAAAUAUUGGAAAUAAUAGUAUUGGUAAAGAAAAGCCUCCAAUAAUGAAUGGUGCGUAUACUGCAAAGCCUGCAGUUGGAAGUAGAAUGCAGAUAGUGGAUGACGCUAAUGGUUCUGACUAUGUGUGCAUGACAGGGGGUUCAACAGCUGCUCUGGUAGCUGCAGCCAACAAAGACAAUGUGUCUAUAGGUUCAGAAUCAAUUGGAUCGAGGAAUUUAGUGUCUGGAUUGACAUCCCUAUGUUCCCCUGCUCAGUCCCCAGCACCUAGUCCUACACCUAGCUCAGUAUCUCAAGUAUCAGGGGGCUCCCGUGGCUCUGGUGGUAGAGGCAAGAGUCUGCUUCCAUACAGUAUCACCCCUCCUCGGCCAAGUGGUCCCAGUGAGGCUCAACGUAAAAUUGAAGAACUUACUAGACAGCUUGAAGAAGAAAUGGAAAGACAAGAUGAGGAAGGGGAAUAUUUUGGCAUCUGCCACACCUGUGGAGCAGGAGUGACAGGAGCCGGGCAGGCCUGCCAAGCAAUGGGCAACCUGUAUCAUACCAACUGCUUUAUUUGCUGCUCGUGUGGUCGUGCUCUACGGGGCAAGGCCUUUUAUAAUGUACAUGGAAAAGUCUACUGUGAAGAAGACUAUUUGUAUUCUGGAUUCCAACAAACAGCAGAGAAGUGUGCAAUAUGCGGUCACUUAAUCAUGGAAAUGAUCCUGCAAGCGAUGGGCAAGUCGUACCACCCGGGCUGCUUCCGUUGCUGCGUGUGCAACGAGUGCCUGGACGGCGUGCCGUUCACCGUAGACGUCGACAACAAGAUCUAUUGCGUCAACGACUACCAUCGCAUGUUCGCGCCCAAGUGUGCUAGCUGUGGAAAAGGUAUAACCCCGGUGGAAGGCACGGACGAGACAGUGCGCGUGGUGUCGAUGGACCGCGACUUCCACGUGGACUGCUACAUGUGCUGCGUAUGCGGCAUGCAGCUCACCGACGAGCCCGACAAGCGCUGCUACCCGCUCGCUGGCAAGCUGAUGUGCCGCGCGUGCCACCUGGCCACCAUCGGCGCGGCGGGCGGGCCGGGGCAGCCGCCCGCGCCGCACUUGUCGCCCGCCUCCUACCAGUACAUGGGUUAACACACCUACCCUGAAUACUAGCGAUGGAUAGCUGACGUUCUUCAGUAACUAUUUCGCUCACUGCCCAUCGUAAUAACACUUUAAUCGACAAAGACAACAUAUUUUGUUGAUAGCUACACUCCAUGUUGCUUGUAAGGAAGCCUUUUAUAACACUAACACCGUUAAGCUGCGAGCUACUGAGCUAAAUAAAAAAGCUACUGAAUAGCAUCUUAGUAAUAUCAAAUACUUGCUGCCCGCGGGGCUUUAAAAUGUUCGCAAUAAGACACCGCCUUUGCGCUCUCUUCAUUUUCAUCCAUCCUUCUUUCAUUUCAUUCUUCACGCAUCCUUUUAUGGCCCACAACUGCCAUAUUUUUGCCCCACGGUUAGCGGGUGUUUGACGUCAUCUCCCCAGCGUUAUCCCGUUUCAACAGGGUUUACUUAAAUAAUCUGAAUAUUUGACAGGACCGGUUUUUUAUAAAAGCGGGUGUUUGAUGAUAACAUAACAGCAUAAAUACGUCCCACUGCUGGGCACAGGCCUCCCCUCAAUCUAUCGAAGCAUAUAUGGAGCAUACUCCACCACGUUUACACGGCUAAUAGCCGGGACUCUUCUAAAAAUCAAGUGAUUCAAGCUCGCAAAGUCCUUACUUAACAAAGGACAGUCUCACAAAGUGAUUUCGACAAUGUUUCCAUUGGGAAUCGAACCUGGACAUCCAGAUCGUGUACCUAUCGCUCUAACCACUAAACCACGGAGGCUGGAGGGUGUUUGGUGAUACUAUAAUAUUAUAUGAACAUUGGUGUAGCUGUGUAAUCGAAAGUCCAUACAUUUGAUUCAAUUGUUAAUAAGAUUGUGACUGUAUGCUGUAGCUUUAACAAAUGAAAUCACAGAUGUAGUAGGCAGCAGAGUUGAGAUACAUUAUGCAUAAUGAUAUUGAAAUAUCAUAAAUUAGCAUCAUACUUAGUCGUGUAACCUUAGAUUAAUAUCAAUCGAAAGUGGCACUACUGAAGUAUUAGAUGUAAUAUUAUUUCUUACAAUGUUGAGUUCCAUUUUAGUUAUAUAGUAUAUAAGGAUAAGAGAUAAUUUAAGAGCAACUAGCAUGAUAAUGUUACAACUUAGUUUUUAAGAAUAUACAUAAUGUGAUUUUAUUGAGCCAACAAAUUAUUUUGCCUGUUAUGAAUUUGUGAUAU